AUGGUAUUCCAUCUUUUCGGGCUACGAGCCCUGGAGGUCUGGCUAUACGGUCGACUCAUCCGAAGUCCCCUCUUCCAUCAAAUGGUCGGUCGCGUUCAUCAACGCGUGGAGCAGAUUCGUCAUGGUAUCCCUCCAGAGCCGCCACGGACGACACUCGAGGACGGCAGUAGCGGCUCCGUCAAUAAGUUCGUUCGAUAUUUCAAGGAGGAAAUUCAGGAUCAGAUGAAAGGAAAGCCGCCCAACAAACUUUGA